AUGGCGAGAGCAAGGGACCUGUGCUGCCUCGCGUCGCCGCUCCGCGGCAAGGCCUCCGACGCCGACGCCCGCCGACGCCACAGCAGCGCCGCGUGCAUAUGCUGCAUCGGCCCUCACCACAAGCCGUCCGCCGCGGCCCCCGACGCCGACCUGAGCGCGAGGCUGCCGCUCACCAGCUGCUGCGGCAGCGCCGGGGACGCCGUCCGCGGCCGCAGCACGCCGCGCACCCCGAGGACGCCGUGCACGCCCACCGCCAGGCGCCUCUGCGGCGUCCGCUCCCGCACCCCGCGCCGCGGGCAGGUCGGCUGCUUCCCCCCGCCGCACGCCGCCGCGGCACCAGCCGCUGCUUCGGCGGGAGCGCCCGCCGCCGCCGCGAGGACGCCGCGAACCCCGACCACGCCUCUCGGGCCGCGGCAGCAGGGCGGCGCGUGCUGCGUCCGCGUCCCCGCGCAGGGCAGCGCGAAGCUGGGCAGGCGGCGCAGCUGGUUCCGCUCCGCUCGCCAGGCGGUGGCGCAGACGACGCCGCGCUUCCGGGGCGCCGGCCGCGACAGCGCCCGAGCCGCUGGCAGCAACAGCAACGCCGUCAAGGUCUACGACGCGCGCCACGCGGAGGUAGAGGCCGCCGCGGAGGCGGUGGCGACGGCGACGGAGGAGGAGGAGACGUGCUCCAACGACGAGUACGCGCUGCUCUGCCGGGAGGGCUUCUCCCGGGAGGACGUGGCCGCGGUCACCAUCCAGGCCUACUUCAGAGGCCACCUGGCGCGGCGGGCUUUCAAGGCGCUGAAGAGCCUGGUGAGGCUCCAGGCGGUGGCGCGGGGCGCGUACGUGCGGCGGCAGGCGGAGGCGGCGGUCCACUGCAUGCAGGCGAUGGUGCGGCUGCAGAUGCGCGUGCGCGCCAGGCAGAUGCUGGCCAAGCCCAAGGACAAGGAGGGGCAGCUCUUGCAGAGCUGACCGAACUCGAUCAUGGUCGACAAGAGAUCAGGAAAUGGUGAAUCGGAGAUGAUCUAUCGGAUGAUCCGCUGGCACGAAUAAGGUAUAAAAUGCUUGGCAUGUGCUGUUUGCCUGAGACAUUUAUCAUGGAUCUGUUCUUGUGAUGAACUUUGCUUGGGCCUGAAUCAUUUUUACUUUCUUGUUUGUUUGACUGGCAAUAUGUGACUGUUGCAUCUUGUAUCAGUGUUUUUAUUCCUGUGAU